CCGCCGUGGGAAUGGAAACAUCUGCUCCACGUGCCGGAAGCCACCUUACGGUGACGGCGGCGCGCCACUCAGCGUCCUGCCGCGCCGAGCCCUUGCGGGUGUCAUCGCGAGACGAGCUCGUCGAAAUGGCUGCGGCCAGUCAAGGAAACUUUGAGGGAAAUUUUGAGUCACUGGACCUUGCAGAACUGGCUAAAAAGCAGCCAUGGUGGCGCAAGCUGUUUGGGCAGGAAUCUGGGCCUUCAGCAGAAAAGUAUAGCGUGGCAACCCAGCUGUUAAUUGGAGGUGUCACUGGAUGGUGCACGGGUUUCAUAUUCCAGAAGGUUGGAAAGUUGGCUGCAACAGCUGUGGGAGGUGGAUUUUUUCUCCUUCAGCUUGCAAACCAUACUGGGUACAUCAAAGUCGACUGGCAGCGCGUGGAGAAGGACAUGAAGAAAGCCAAGGAGCAGCUGAAGAUCCGUAAGAGCAACCAGAUACCUACGGAGGUCAAAAGCAAAGCAGAGGAGGUGGUGUCAUUUGUGAAGAAGAAUGUUCUGGUGACUGGUGGAUUUUUUGGAGGCUUUCUCCUUGGCAUGGCAUCCUAAAAAGGAUGACUUCACUUCCAACCAGCAGCCUCUUCACUCCAUCAUAGGACACCCAGUCUCUACUCCUCCUCUUCUCCCGUGCCUUUAUCCCUGCCAUGGCCUAUCUGCUGGUGCAAGGUGAUGCGGCCCUACUGUGAGCUUGAUGGCAGCGGAAGACACCAUAGACUUAGCUCUCCUCCCAGCCUGCUCCCCACUUGACUAACCUGUAGGUCAGUGAGAAUAUUCCUUUCUCCCUAUGUAAGCUACUUACCAGAAUAUGGUGCAAGAUGGUGGAGGAUGAGUGGAUCCUCAAAAGUUGUCUCCAGCUUGAUUUGGAAGAGAAAUAGCAAGCGCAUAGGAUACCUGAUUUUGUGCCGCUUGGAAGGGGACUGAAUACAUUUGCCUUUAAGCAUGAAAGAUGUUGGUACCCUGGUGUCUGCUUUCUUUUUUAGUAGAUUUCAGAUUGGCUAGAAAUUAUCCCAACAAAAUGGCAGCAUACACACUAUAAUUGAGAAAGCUGAACAUGGAACGACCUUGUACUGAAGGUACAUGAUGCUGAGCUGGAGGCGUAGUCCUUGGUGGGAAGGUCUUUAAGGAGACCACUCAAUAGGUGCAUUCGUCAGACUGGGCAAAUCAUUUAGAGGCAUUAAGGUAUUAUCUAGGGAUGUUUUCCACCAUAUGAGAUAAGGCAUAUUGUGGCUAUUUCCAAAGGACUUAUUAUGGCAAAAUUGGUGACUUUAGGUGGAAGAGUGAAGACCCUCUUGGAUUUCUGUUUAAUAGACAAGGUUUUAAAGUGGUGGCAUUCCAAGCAUUUGAGAAUUGAGAACGGUAACGAUAGCACAUGGGAAGUAAAUUUUUUACAGAUUACAUUUCAGGAUGACCUCAACUCUUAGGAAUUUUCUUUAAAAUAAAAGUUUAUAGACAUGCCCAUGCUUAGAAACAUAACACAUUUUUCUCUAAUGGCCUGUUAGAGUGUCUAUAACAUCCCCUCCAGGAAGGCAGGGCUUCUGUCUUCGGUGUCACACCCAGGGAGCUAAGUGCCUAAAGGUGCUCAGUAUUUGUUGACUGUAUGAAUAAUGAACUCAUAGAAAAGUAUCUGGAAAAGGGACUGAUACACAGGAUUACUUGAGAAUUUGAAUUCUGAAAAUGCAGAAAACUUGGAAUUAACUCUUCAACUUGCAGGUGAUAUCUCGCAAAAUGUAUGUUUUUAAUGCCUUCCUUUUGAAAUGUUUGACUUUUAUCUUGGGAGUGGUGUGUUGAAUUUGGAAAUUGUAGCUACCAGUGGAUGUGUGGGAUUUUUUAGAAUUCAUUUGCAUUUUUCUCCUUAUUAUGUUAUGCUAGUAUUUUAAGGCAGCAUAAGUUAGUUUGCUUGCAGUAUGUGUGAGUCAUCCCUGAGUCAUAACGGUACGAGCCACUUUGUUCCGUAUUUUUGUACCAGAACUCAAAACAUUUUUUUUCUCUUUUUAUUAUGGAAACUUUCAGACAUAUUACCUAUCAAGCAAGAUCAUUAAAUUAUAGCUUGUUGAUAAAAAAA